ACCACCGAUCAUCGUUCUUCCUUGUCCUGUUCACUUUUUAUAGUCUCCGCCCCUUUCUCCUAGAGAAACGCCGCUGAAAAAAGUCCCUCAAAGGGGUUUGAGAUGUCGACCCCAGCUAGGAAGAGGCUGAUGAGAGACUUCAGGAGGUUGCAGCAGGACCCACCUGCAGGCAUUAGUGGUGCCCCACAAGACAAUAAUAUCAUGCUCUGGAAUGCGGUUAUAUUCGGUCCGGAUGAUACACCUUGGGAUGGAGGUACGUUUAAAUUGACACUCCAGUUCACAGAAGAUUAUCCAAACAAGCCACCCACUGUUCGGUUUGUUUCACGGAUGUUCCACCCAAAUAUUUACGCAGAUGGAAGUAUUUGUUUGGACAUCCUACAAAAUCAGUGGAGCCCUAUAUAUGAUGCUGCAGCUAUACUUACAUCCAUCCAGUCAUUGUUGUGCGACCCGAAUCCAAAUUCUCCCGCAAAUUCUGAAGCUGCUCGUUUGUUCAGCGAGAGCAAAAAAGAGUACAAUCGCAGACUGUUUGAUAAGCAAAUCACAACCAUAUGCUGCAAGAAGGUUGCUUUUGUAUCUACUAAAUUUGGGGAUUUUAAGAUGUCGACUCCAGCCCGGAAGAGGCUGAUGAGGGAUUUCAAGAGGUUGCAGCAGGACCCACCUGCAGGUAUAAGUGGUGCCCCACAGGACAAUAAUAUUAUGCUCUGGAAUGCUGUAAUAUUCGGUCCGGAUGAUACACCUUGGGAUGGAGGUACGUUUAAGCUGACUCUGCAGUUCACAGAAGAUUAUCCAAACAAGCCACCGACUGUUCGAUUUGUCUCUCGAAUGUUUCAUCCAAACAUUUAUGCGGAUGGAAGUAUUUGUUUGGACAUCCUACAAAAUCAGUGGAGUCCCAUAUAUGAUGCCGCUGCUAUACUGACAUCAAUCCAGUCAUUGUUGUGCGACCCAAAUCCGAAUUCGCCAGCAAAUUCCGAAGCUGCUCGUUUGUUCAGUGAAAGCAAACGUGAGUACAACCGCAGAGUGAGGGAAAUCGUGGAGCAAAGCUGGACAGCCGACUAAAAUUCAUAACUUGUGGGGCCAAGUUAUUGGCACUUGUAUUUCGAGUUGUUAUCGAGCUGUUUGUUCAUGUGCUGUAAUUGCUUUUGUAUCAUGUAAAUUAGAGAUUCAUGAAUUGGAUCUUUGGCUUUUGGAAUUGUUAAACUAACUUUAGUUGUCAUGUUGUUGGGUCUGAAGCAUGACUUAAUUUGUGGUGUGCUUGGAGAGUUUUUACCUAAAGGUUUGAACCAUCAGAAUUAUAUAUCAGUGAUUGAUUUUACUGAAUGAUCUUAGAGUGGAGAGUAUUGGAUCAUUACCAUCUAAAAUUCUAAAUGCAAAAUGCAAAAACAGUUCAUUCAAAUGAUACAGGGUCAUUUGAUUGAAUACCGGUAGUUUUUCAAAGUGGA